AAGGGCAACAAAGAUUAUUUUUUGUUCGUUUAUAUAAAGCAGUGGAUAAAAAUAUACGUAUAUACGAAAGACAUAUUUAUCUGCUUAGAAGAAAACCACUAAUAUUUCCUGCAAACACACAUCGAUUUACAUCUUUUAUCUCGCCUCCGACACAGAAUUGUUUUCGUACAAAAUUACGCAAAAAGGCUUACAGCCUUAUUAUGUAUCUCGAAGCGAACGUUCGUUUCGUCUGCCAGACGUUUCGUUCGUGCGUUGGUAGUAUGUAAGUCGAAAUCGUCUGGCAGCACGAAAACAGCUGAUCGUUACGUAGUUGUUCGUCUAGUUUGGAAUUUUUUAACGCGAAUAGGAGACGAAAGUGAGACGACAAUCGUUGAAAACAGACGAAAGGUUAUUAGUGAUCGUUAAGAUGGAGGGUUCUGCCAGAAAAACGUUGAAAAAAACUACAACCACACAAUUUGAGGUAUUAGUUAAAGAAAUGGAGAGAAAUCCUGACCUGGCCAGAGGUGUUGCAGUGUUUGGUUCUGAUCGAGGAAGGGUAGAGGAGCGGUGGGAGGAAAUUAUGAGGAAAAUUAAUUCUCAUGGUCCACCUACAAGAACGGCCGUCGAAUGGAAGAAAAUAUGGGCUGACUUGAAAAGCCGGACAAAAAAAAAGAUUGCCGAAAAUACACGGAGCCUUACUGCUACCGGUGGUGGCCCAUUCCGCCACUCUCCGCUUUCCGAAAUGGAGCAGACCAUAGACAGCCUUGUUUUUAUUUCAAGGUCAGCGGCACCGAGCGGCAGAGUUUUCGGCAUUCCUUCGACGGCGACUUCAAACGCAUCCAGACAUUCGUCGAUUGAGGAAAUGCCUCCUUUACUUGUGCCAGAAUCGCCGACACUAGAUGAACGAAGGCAACCAACAACCCUUCAGUCCCCUAUAAGGCACAACCAACCACCACCAGUGGGAGUAGUGACUCCCACUACACAGACAACCCGCCCUACACCAACGCACACGUUACGUUCCACAAAUAGGAAGCGCACCUUCCAAGAGACAGUGGCUGAAUCUGCCAAAAUCCAAGCCGAAGCCGCUAAAGUGCAGGCUGAGGCUGCAAAAAAAAUGGCAGAGGCAUCAAUGCUGCAGGUGGAAGCCACAAAUAAAUUAACUGCUGCAGUGGAACGCCAAUCUGCAAUUUUUGAAAAAUUUUUGGAAUACUUCCACAACUAAUUUGCAUAGUGAUUGUAUUGAAGUGAUAUUUUGUUUUUUUUUUGUGUAAAUAUUUUUUAGAUUUAAGUGUGAAUUAAUGUUUUGUUGCAUUUUUUUAGUAUUUAUGUAGGUUUAAGACUGAAAAGAUACUUUGUUUUUUUGUGUAAAUAUUUUUUAGAUUUAAGUGUGAAUUAAUAUUUUGUUGCAUUUUUUUAGUAUUUAUGUAGAUUUAAGAUUUAAGACUGAAAAGAUAUAUUUUUUUUUUUUUGUGUAAAAUUUUUUUAAA